AUGGUUACCACACGAAGCUGCCGACCUUCAUCCUCCUCCCCUGCCCCUGACCACAGCCCAUCUUGCUUGGUGCGCCGCCGAUCUACUAUUGAUCCUUCUUCAGUCUUCACGCCUGCUGCAUCCCAAUCACGGCCUUCCUUUUCACGGCUUUUGCGCUCAAACACUGCCUCUCGUGUUUCCCACCAUCCUCCGAUUUCUCACUUCAUGUCUCCAACGUGCUCUACCAGCUAUACUAAUGUGGUCUAUCAUCGUCCCUUACUAAUUGAAGAGGACUUCGAUCUCUCUAGCUUCGAUUCCACAUUCGUCGACUUUCUCACUCGACAUUGUCUCUUGCCGUUGGUUCGUAGUUUGUCGUUGCCAAACUUCCAAAUUGUUCGUGAAUUUUAUGCUAACUUUCUCGAUGUCUCCUCUUCCUCUGUUUCUCUGUCUGGAAUUGUUGUGUGUGUGCGAGGGAUUUCUAUUUCACUCAGUUUCCACUUUAUUUCGGCUGCCUCUGGUCUGGCUCCUAUUCUCUUUGGCAGUUCGUGUGAGCUUGUUCCAGAUUUUCUUCUCUGUCGUCAGUUGGUGAAUCAACUCUAUGUGUCUCCACCCGAGGUGCUUCCCUCCGAGCUCUCAUCUGGUAUGAUGUCUCAAUGGACCCGUACUCUAUAUAUUUUAGUACGCAACUAUUUGAAUCCCACUUCCCAACAUGGGAAUCUUGUGAUUGAGCACUCUAUCAGUGUUGAGUUCUACAUCCGUGAAAAUCUCAUCAACGCUGGUGCCACAAAUGCCACUGUUCCGACAGCAAGUCUUGUUCUACCUCGGAUUAUCACAUCUUUGGUGGCUCAUAUUGGUGUCCCUGCACUGUCUACGGAUGAUAUUGGCUAUUCCGACACCAUCAAAGUCAACAAUCAAGUUCCUUUACAUCGCAACGAUGCUUAUUGUACUGCUGGUGGUUUCUCCAUUGAGCAACAUGCCCUUUUGGAUUCGCUCUCUGCAUCCAUCAAGUGA